AUGACAGCCACUCCAUCGUCUGGACUUGACGGCACCGUGGCAAGCCAUACGAGCCAAUGGGGCCCAGAGGCUCUGGAUAAACAGAGGGUGCGAGCCUGUCUCGAUAUCUAUUUCAGCAGUCGCAGCCAAUGGACUGGGAGGUUCCUUCACAAAGCGUUGAGUCUUUCUGACUGGAAUCAAGGACGAUUUGACCCUGCUCUGUUGCACGCACUUGUGGCGAUUGGCAUGAUGAUUAGCUCGCAAGACCCAGACCAGAGCAAGAUUGCCAGAGACUUGAUCGAGCAAGCACAGCAGUCCGUUCUCCUAAACCCAGGCCAGUUCUCGGUUACACAAUUACAGGUUCUGCUGCUAGUCAUCCGGUUUCGAUGGAAUGACGGCGACUUAGCCUCAGCCUGGAAUCUUCUCUCCAUGGCUGCCCGGCUAGCCUUUACAAUGCACCUAAAUCAUGAGUACACGGGCGAGGCGCAGCCCUUGACCCUCGAGCUCCGAAGACGCAUCGUCUGGGAAAUUUACUCAAUUGACCGAUAUUUCUCAGGGGGUGUCGAAGAUCUCUCCGUCUGUCCUACAAAUCGCAUGCAACUACGAUUGCCAUGUGAUGAUUACAGCUUCGAGAAGGGUCUGCCCUCCCGUGCUGGGUAUUUAAGUUCAAUGUCUCCAGAGGGAGAUGGUGUCACAAAUAUUUAUGGCUACUAUCUCAAGCUCCUGGCCUUGAGGGAUGAAGUGCUGAGAUAUACCAAACGAGUGAGACGAGAUAAUGAAAACCCAGAACAAAGUCGUAGCGAGCUGGGAGACUUACAAACGAGACUGGAUGAGUGGGAACAGCAUCUUCCCGAGGAGUUGAAGCUUUCAAGAUCUACACUCCUCCUUCUCGUGCAUUCCGACGACGCUAGCCCAUUCGUGAUACUUCAUACCCAUUGGCUCCAGAGCCAAUGCGACCUAUAUCGCUUCCUAAUACCAGAUAUCCGCGAAGCAGUUAGUAGAGACUGCUUCGAACGAACGUCACCUGAAUAUGUCUCGUAUUGCCAGCAAGCAUGCUUGGAUCGUGCGAUUCGCCUUUGCGAUUUGUGGUCGGAAGUAUUUCACCUCGAGCCCAGUGAGAUGAUACAAGACACGUUUUUCUGUACUUCGAUCUUCCAAGUUUCACAGAUCCUCCUUCAUUUGGCGCACUUGCUCCCGGGAGAAGGAUCUCGCUCCGUUGCUGCCCUUCAGGGAGAGCUACGAGAUGCGCUCGUGCUGGCUGACGGGCUUCGCCAAAUGCACAAACGGGCAGACAAAUGCUUAGCCGAUGCCGAGCAACUUGUCAAUGUGUUAGGCCAGCAUCGAGACUUGUGGCCGCGAUCGUCGAGCCCAGAAGGGGAGCAGAAUUCACAUCAUCUACCUUCUCGCCACACUUUGAUGCCUCGCGUGGAAGACGAUUCUUCGGUCCAAGCUUCAAAUACGGAACCGCGCCCUGUUGGUGACACUUCUCAGCAAAAGAGAAUGGGUCGCAUCACUCCUACAUUCACUAGACAGCUCGGCGACUUGAACCAGGCUACAAGUAGUGAUUUCGUCGCGAGAGACGGGGCGAUGUCCAUUGGGCAAGAUAUAGGGAUGCUAUGGGACCCUUUUGAUAUGCAAAUGGAGGAUUACAAUUACCUGAUAUUGUAG